AUGUUCCAAUCAAUAUGUAUCGCCCUUAUUAUGCUCUUCGCAGAUGUUUCUGCAAGCGAACAUAUUUUGCGACUUCAGGCUCCAGAUCCUCCUGCAAGUGCCGUACUUAUUUCCGUGCCAGUAAAUUCAACUGUAAUCCUCAAAUGCGAAAAAUCUCCAGAAUUACCGAAAGCGCAAUGGUUGCAUAAUGGAAAUGACAUUAAUGUGGAAUUUGUUAAACUUCUUGAUGACGAGCAUUCUUCUGUUGUUAUCGAUGCAUACAGUACGAGUCACCAUGAUGGAGUUUAUGAAUGCUAUGCGGGUCUGUCCUCGGCGUCGAUUCGACUACAAGGCGAAGAUGUCGUCGUUCUUCCUCCAGGUUUUCGAUUCUGUCAUAAAUCCGAGAAUGCCGCAUGUGAUCACGCUCGUGCUUGUAUGGCUGAUGGAACAGGAAAAACCAGUUGUGUGUGCUAUCCAGGAUGGAGUGGUGAAUCUUGCAAUCUUCCCCGAGACAUUCAAAAAGCAAACCUUAUUAAUGUCCCUAUUUGUCCAUACUUUUCAGGGCCUCCUGUCAUUACAUUAAUGGCUUUCAUGGUGUGCGUGUUCAUUCUAGUGAUAUGCUUGUAUAGUUUCAAAGUAAAACCAGCAUACACGAAGUCGCGACGCUGUGGUGUUUGUAGAACUCACACCUAUGCUUCGGUCAGAAACAGGGAACAAGUAAACAAAGAAGAUGUCUAA